AUGCGCCUGUUGGCUCCCACUCUAUUGUCUCGCCGCUGUGGCUCGUUUUUGUGUGUUGAUGUUGGGCGCUUUUCCUUCAAUGAGGGCGGGAACCCGAACAACGUGGUGUGGGUGGACGACCACCACCUGAUGCUCCUGCCCAAGCUGCUGAACGACCGGGAGGAGGAUGCCGCCCAGCACGGGCAGACCAGCACCAUCGUCGUCCUGCACAUACCCUUCCCCGUCAGCCAGAUCUUCAGGGCCCUGCCUGGCACAUGGUGAAAAGCUGCUGCAGGGCGUACUGUCCGACGACAUCGUGGGCUUCCACACCUUCGGCCAGCCAGGCACUUCCUCAACGCCGGCAAGCGGUUGCGAGGGCUGAGCAUCGAAGAAGGGCCAAUCGGAGUGGAAUUCGACCGCCGUACGCUGAGAGAAACAAAACUAGGGGUGAUCAUGGCCGGGGUGGACAUACGCCAUUAGCUGAGCGGAGUGGCCCUCAAGCUACUGGCCUUGGAAAGGAUGCUGACGGGUUGCCCCAACCACAAGAAU